GCAGGCAUUGAGGGAGGACCAGAAGAUGCACUGGAAAUCCUGAAAUGCUGUAUUUGGAAGAGCUAACCCUGGAGCAGGGGAUUACAGAGUGUCCAGAGAAUGCCGGCCACCUGCAGGAUGACCUGCACCCACUAGAAUGCCUGGAUGGUUCAAAAAGGUGUGGUAUGGGCUAUCAUCUUUACUCAGCUUCUCCUCCUUUAUCCUGAUCAUCAUUGCCCUGGCAGCGCCCCACUGGCUGAGUGGGAAAAUCCUUUGUCAGACUGGAGUGGACCUGGUCAAUGCCACUGAUCCAGAGCUGGUCAAGUUCAUUGGCGAUAUUUACUACGGGCUCUUCCGAGGAUGUAAAGUUCGACAGUGCGGGCUUGGGGGCCGCCAGUCCCAAUUCACGAUCUUCCCACACCUGGUGAAGGAACUCAAUGCAGGCCUCCACGUGACAAUUCUGCUGCUCCUCUUCUUGGCUUUGGCCCUGGCUCUGGUCAGCAUGGGCUUUGCCAUUCUCAACAUGAUCCAGGUUCCAUAUAGGGCAGUCAACGGCCCCGGGGGCAUCUGCCUAUGGAAUGUCCUGGCAGGUGGAGUCAUGGCAUUGGCCAUCACCAGCUUCAUGGCCGCGGUCAAGUUUCACGACCUCACCGAGCGCAUCGCCAACUUCCAGGAGAAGCUCUUCCGCUUCGUGGUGGUGGAGGAACGGUACGAAGAGUCCUUUUGGAUCUGCGUGGCCAGUGCCUCGGCGCACACCGCAAACCUGGUAGUGGUGGCGAUCAGCCAAAUUCCACUCCCGGAGAUUAAGACCAAAAUCGAAGAGGCCACAGUCACGGCUGAGGAUAUCCUGUAUUGAUCGCCCUCUGCGGCUCACACCC